GACGGCCGGCGGGAGAAGCUGCCCAGGGCCGUCGCUUGGGGCCAUCUCUGGAGGCUGGAGCAGCUUCUGGAGGCCCUGGGCGCCGAGGUGGCCGAGGCGCCCGGCGCGUGGCCGCUGGGGCGCGGCGCCGGGCUGCGGGAGCUGGAGGCGCGCCUCGCGGCGCUGGGCGCCGAGGGUGCGGCGGAGCCGCCAGGGGCGCGGCUCCUGCGCGACGAGGCGUGCUACUUCGCGCUGCUGCGGGCGGUGAAGGUCCUGGCGGCCAGCCCGUGGGACGAGGCGGACGACCAGGACUCGGCCUACGUCGUGGACGCGAAGGCCGAGUCGUUCGGCGGGUGA